CAGUUCCCGCUGAGGCGGCGCGGCCUAGUCAUGGUGCCGGUGCUCCCCGGCCUGUAUCUGGGCGGCGGCGGCGGCGGCCUCGGCCUCCCGGAUGGCGCGGCGCCGGCCUGGGCGCUGCUGCUGGUGGACUCGGAGCCGCCCGAGGCCGGGGCGGUGUCGGGGGCGGAGGCGGUGCUGCACGUGCCCGCCCUGGACCAGCCUCAGGCCGACCUCCUCAGCCACCUCGACGCAUGCGCAGACUUCCUCGGCCGCGCGCGGGAAAGGGGGGCGCGCGCCCUGGUCAGGUGUCAAGCUGGAGUCAGCCGGAGUGUUGCUGUUGUGACUGCCUAUUUAAUGAAAGCCAAUAAACUCCCUUUUGAAGAGGCCUAUGCCUUUGUCCAGGCCAUCAAACCAGAUGCCAAAAUGAAUGAAGGCUUCGAGUGGCAACUGAAACUCUAUGAAAAAAUGGGCUGUGAAGUCGAUGUGACCAGUACUAUUUACAAACAGUAUCGUUUGCAAAAGGUUACAGAGAAAUAUCCUGAGCUACGAAAUCUGCCGCGAGAUGUCUUUGCAGUUGAUCCAAACACUGUACAGCAAACUCCAAACACUGAGGUUCUGUACAGGUGUAGAAAGUGCAGGCGCCUGCUCUUUCGAAGUUCAAGCAUCUUGUCUCAUGAUGAAGGCAAGGGACCUGCUGCUUUUGCUCAUAAGAGGCUUUCGAGACCUGCCCCUUUUCACUAUGAUGACCAGUCUAGGUGUACUUCUUACUUCAUUGAGCCUGUGCAAUGGAUGGAACCUGCACUCUUAGGAGUGAUGGAUGGACAGCUUCUGUGCCCAAAAUGUACAUCAAAGCUGGGCUCCUUCCAUUGGCAAGGUGAGCAAUGUUCGUGCGGCCAUUGGGUGACCCCUGCCUUCCAAAUUCACAAGAGUCGUGUGGAUGAAGUAAAAGGACUGCUGCCCGUGGGUACUGUAAAAAGGUGAACGUGGUUUGUACUUCCGCAGUCCAGUCAGUGGCCUCGUUCCUGUAUAAAGGAUUGUGUUUCCUAUAGGUUUACAGCAAGUGAUACGUACGACAGAACCAGUUGAACUUGAGUGUUUCCAGGAAAGCCAUUUUGUACUGGAAUACGUAGACUUCAUGUAUCAUUAAAAAAAGGAAAAAAGAAAGAGGGAGCAGGCCCUAGGGGUAAACCAGAGCUGGGGGCAAGAUUAGGACUGUGGCAUGUGGUAAUGAGAGCAUUAACCAUUCUCUCUGCAUCACGGUUCUGAUGAAAAUCUCACCUCCCUACUCCUCCUGUAUGCUAUGGUCCUGACUUUUAUCAGCCUCCCCUGUCCCCAUGCCUACGGUUUCUUCAAAACGAAACAAAGAUGUGUGCAAUGCAAUUUGUUGCUUGUCCCUAGCUUGUUCACUUGUUUUGUCAAGAAAUUUUCCAAAAUGUUCUGCAUCCAGUGGGUUUACAUAAACAAACCCGCUUGGUUUUAGCGUCCAAAAGACUAUUAAGGAAAAGUAAUUAGGGAGACACUGCAGCUGUUAGAUUGCUAUAAAAUAGCGUUCUGAAAUUUGAUAGUUUUGGUGCAAAAUAUGAUUGGACGUUUGGGAAUACAGAACAGGAAGAGAACUCGUCAUGAUGAUACAGGAGUGCCAGCCACUGGAUGCCUGAUGCCUAAUUAUCACUUUCAACUGGAUUGUAACUUGGAAAAGGACUAUCAGAAAAACCGCUUUGCAAGUGUCUCUGGUGACUGUUGAUUUAUCAGCAAUAAGUUAUAUGUUAUGAUUUCCUACAUCAUGAGGGUUUCUAACAAUCUGUUGUGAAAUGGAUCCAAAUUACAGGUAGCCAGCAUUUGCUGAAUCACUUGACUGACAAAAAUUAGUAUUGGUUUCUAGGUCAUUUACUGAAAGGGUUUGUAAUCUUUUCCCAACAAGGUAUAUUACGUGCUGUAUGCAAAUUGCAUUUUGAAAUUAAAAAAAAUUACUGAAAACUUGGUGUGUGAGUUAAUGGUAGGGGAGGGGAAUUGGUAGGCUGUUACAUUACAGAGAUGCUCAGUUGUCGAAG